GAAUCUCAUAAAGUGUAUAUUAGAUCCCUGUGAAGAGGUGAUGCCCAGCCAACGCAUAAUGGCUGUGCAUCUACCUACAGGACCAUACGUUUACCUUUCAAGACUUUGGAGCAACAACUCCAGCAUGAAAAGAUGUGCCGGUCCUUGUUGCAGCUGGCCCUCAAGGCUACGAAGGUUUUCUACAUUUUGGGGCUCUCAGGGCAUGUCAAUGAACGUGGAUGACACAAUCCCAACGAUCAAAAGACGCACGAGAAAGGGGAACUCGAAGCAUUGUGUAGGUCCAAGAGUUGAUAAUUUGGUCUGUCGUGAACCAUGGGGCAAUUGUCACCGAUGCGAUGACCUGGACAUCCUCACGUCUUCUCCUCUCAGAUCUCCACACGCGGCAAGACUAUUUCCUUGCCUCCUAAAGAAUGUCAACUUACACACAUUGUUGUACAGUACUGACAACAUUCCACAGCAUAUCAUAUUCUCAUACCCCACACGACUUUUGGGGAAAAAAAUAUGGCGGAAAUCGAGGACUUGGGUCUCCGAUAUUCGACUUCAGUUACAGGAUGAUAGUUGACUUUGGUCGCAAGGCAAUGGGUAACACAUAUUGUAUUGCAUAAAGGAUGACUUAGGUCGCAACUGCCCAUAUCCAUCCUAGUGACUGUUUUAGAGGUGAUCACCUAUUUACCAUUGCGAUACUACUAUCCGGACUAGCGGCUACCCGUUCAGGUCAUCCUUGUAGGGUUUGAUGAGGCCUUCCCAUCCCUUUUGCGAUUUACUUGGGCCCCUUCUUUGCGUACACACUACUUCCCAAUCACUGUAGGUUACUAGUGUGUGACUGGCCUCUCUAGUGCCUCAUUUACUUCUUUCCAUUCAUUUCCGACCAUUUGCUUUCCUCGAGCACACCUUAUAACUCAGGUGUGGGCUCUCAUUCUCUUCUCGUCACUGUAAACUCAUAUUUCAUGUGACC